AUGGGUAACGCCACAGGGAGCACCGUGGACGACCUGCAGGCGGUGGAGAUGCACCUCUGGUACAAGAAAUUCAUGACCGAGUGCCCCUCGGGGCAGCUCACCCUGCACGAGUUCAAGCAGUUCUUUGGGCUGAGAGGUUUGGACCCUGAGGCCAACGCAUACAUCGAGCAGAUGUUCAGAACCUUUGACAUGAACAAGGACGGAUACAUAGACUUCAUGGAGUACGUUGCUGCUCUCAGCCUGGUGAUGCGAGGAAAGAUGGAGCACAAGCUGCGCUGGUAUUUCAAACUCUACGACGUGGAUGGAAACGGCUGCAUCGACCGACAUGAGCUCCUCAACAUCAUCAAGGCCAUCCGUGCUAUCAAUGGAAGUGACAAUCAGGAACAGACUGCUGAGGAUUUCACUAACCGCGUGUUUGAAAGGAUUGAUAUAAACGGAGAUGGCGAGCUGUCCUUGGAGGAGUUUGUCGCCGGCGCCCGCCAUGACCAGGAUUUCAUGGAAGUGAUGAUCAAAAGUCUGGACCUCACCCACAUUGUGGCCAUGAUCCACAACCGGAGGCACAGCAUUUAGGAUCCGCCAAUCCGUCUACCUCACCCUGUCAUGAUUUAAGACCUUCAGUACAUCGACUCUGCUAACCAAAACCCGCUAAGUUAUAGACUGAGAUUUCUGUAAAGGUUGAAUCCAGUUGACUAUAACGCCGGUGUACUGCAGUGACAUCUGUUCCUUUGAAUCUCAGUGACACGCAUGCACUUUAAAUGCAUCCGACUCUGCCAACCUCUGCCAACUCCUGAUUGUCCUUGUUUAAUGCUGCUGAGCUCUCCCAAGGCCACCUCGGCCUGAGGGAUGAUCUCUCAGACUUUCCACUAACCCAAAAGAUACCAUGAUAGAUAGUGGAGGAGAGUGGUAAUUACAUGCACUCAGUGCUUUCCAAAUCCUUUAUUUUUUUCCGGGACUGAGUUCCACUGCAUCAAAAUUACUCGACUCUGUUCCCCCGUUCCUGCCUGUGGGGUUUCACACCGCUCUGACUCUGAUUAACAUCCCUAAUGUGAUUAAGUCAAAGGCUCUAAAACAGGAACAGGGAAAAGUUUCAAAAACUCUGUGCAGGAUCUCAAACGUUUGGCCUUUAAUAAAUGUUUUUAACCUUUUAUAGCUUUUAAUAUUAAUCUGAACAAAAGGCAACAUGCUGGCCCUUCUUUGGUUUUUAGCGUUUUUGUGUGGGUGUGAGUCUGCCUGGCUGAUUUGCUGCAGCAUAAAUACAGAUCUAUAGAUUCCCUUUGUUGUGUUUGUUGGCUCUGCACGACCGGUGCCUUCUGUUGGAAGACGGCAGAAAGAGUUUUAUUGAUUCUCCCAGCUUUUGCUUAUUCAUAUACAAAGUCUCACGUGGACUGACUGCUGGAUGUGAUGGAUGUAAAUCUGAAGCAGCAUGUGGAUGUGUUGGAUAUCUGAAAAUAUCUAAUAUCUGCAUUAGUCUGAUAUCAGAGGAAACUCUCCCACAGCAUCUGACAGUCACUUCAGUUCUAGCUCACCUGGACUGAUCAAUAUUUAAAAAAUGAAUGAAAUUUAAAGUUUUUAAAGAUCAAUACAUUAGUGAGAGGCCUGACUGAUAUGGGAUUUUAAAACCUGAUGAUUUUCAGAUUUUCAAAAGGGGGGGGACAGUUUACCAAUUACCGAUAUGUUGCCCGUACAGCUCGCCCUCAGCUGGGUAGGAUCAAGCACAAACAUGAAAAUCUUCUGCUGUCCGCUCUGCUUUGAGGCCCGGUGACGCGUGCUGCAGCCAGUGCUGAGAGUAUAAACACGAUGGAGUCGGAGCACGGUUUGCUGGACAAAUUACAUGAUGACACCAUUUCUAAAUGAAGCAUGGUCUUCCACUUUUACAGGCUCUGGGUAGCUUUCACAUGGGCACACAUUGGGAAACUUUAAGGCCAAUACUAAUGUACAUCUGUGAUAUGCCAAUAUAGAUACGUUAAUAUGGGCUGACUGAUGUAUCGCUCAGGCUCAGUGAGGCGUAGUUUAAAGCAGCUUUGAGGAUGUGUGAUUGUUUGAUGUACAGUAUUUUUUACAUGUGAAGCCAUAUUUUAUAUAUUU